AUGCGAUUCCGAACACAGACACCAUUCGACAUCGUGGAAUUUGGACCCGGCCGUGGGACUCUCUCUUCCAAUAUUCUUCGGGCAAUCAGUAAAUUCCCAAAAGUCGCGUCAGAAUUGCAAAACUUGCAUCUGAUUGAAAGAAGUGACCGCCUGCGCGCCAUUCAACAGUCUACUCUCAGUCCCCUGUUAGAAGCGCUCAAACCGAGUCCCAAAAUCCACUGGCACUCCUACUUGGAUGAGAUUCCUCGGGGCCGGUGCUCUUAUUAUUUUGCACAUGAAUUCUUCGACGCUCUUCCAAUCCACCGUUUCCAGAAGGUGGAUGGCAAAUGGCACGAGGUGUUUGUGGAUGUAAUGGACACUCUUUCUGAGUCAUCUAGCCAGGACGCCGCUCAACAACUUAUCUUUCGUGCGUCACGGGCUCCCACUCUCACCAUGAACGCCUAUCUUAAAGCGUUUAAGAAUCAUGAAUUGCAUGACCCCCUCAAGGAUCCAGGCCAAGCCGACAUUACCGCAGAUGUGGAUUUUGCAUUUCUCCAGAGUUCCAUCGAGGCAGCCAAUAUACCUGGUAAGUUUUUCCUAUUACAUCAGUAUAUAACAAAUGGGAGCCCGAGUACGGGCUUUGUUGACUAA